GUCUCCAAAAAACAGCAGUCAGUAGUCACAGAACAAUACAUCGCACCGUCACGAGCCACGAGAGAGAGAGAGAGAGGGGAGGAGCGGGCAACGGCCAUGGCCACCGGAGCUGCCUGCUACUACCACCCCGCCGCGGGAAGGGGGAGCCCCUCCUCGCUAUCUCCGGGCCUCGGGUCAUCGCAGAGCAAGGUGUUCUUUAUCAGCAGCGGCGGCCGCAGCAGCAGCCGGUGGUGGAUGAGGAGGAGGGGAGGGGAGGGGAAGGCGAGCUGUGGCAGCAUCAAUAGCAGCAGCAGGGCAAGGGCGAGGCCUGCCUUGUUCUCCCCUGCCAUGGAGUGGCAGGAGUGCAGCACUGAGAUUGAAGUUGAUGUUCCAUGUUCAGUGGCCUACCAGUGUUACUCCGAACGUGAGACUAUUCCUCAAUGGAUGCCAUUCAUAUCAACUGUCAAGGUCCUUGAAGAUAAACCGGAACUUUCACGUUGGACUUUGAAGUAUGCAAUACUUGGUCGGGAUGUAGAAUUUUCUUGGCUUGCCCGAAACAUGACUCCAACUAAAAAUCAGAAGAUUCAUUGGCGAUCGCUUGAAGGUCUUCCUAACAGGCUACCAUGUAGAAAGGUGUCAAUGAAGACGAAAAUGAGCCCAGAGGAAACACAUGCAGUUUGUGCAGCUACUACAGAGUAUAUUUGGUGGGUUUGCUUAUAAACCCAAUAUUGAAAUCCAAACAGAGCCAUUUUAAGGCUAAAAAAUAUAUAUGCAAAAUCUUACUAUUAAGCACAUUUGUGACUUGCGGGUGCUGAUGAGCUAAGUAGUGAAUUCACACACGCAUAGGUGCACAAUUCUUAAGAAAUCUUGAGGCAACACAACAUUUUGUGGAAUAGACUCAACCUUUUCACCUCGAGUCUAAAGUUCCUUUGAGAGAAGAUUAGAAGGUAAGUUCUGACACUGAGUCCUACAGAAGCAUGGAUGUACAUAAGACAUAUAUUAAGGUUUAAACAGUAUUCAGAAAAAUAACAAGGUAGUUUACUGACGCGACAACACAAAAUGAAAAUAACUCAUUUUGCGGGGCAAAAAAAAUCUUAAUUGACGUAAUCACAGGCUCACAGCUGACUAGAAAUAUAGCUUUCCCGGCUCUUGAUUGCCGUAAUUACAAGUGACUCACAAAGUUAAAUAAAAAGAAAAAAUCCCAGCUGCCGCAAACCUUAAAAUACAAAGAGAAGAAGGAGAAAACAUCUUAUUUCUACAACGAGUCAUUCAUUCCAAGAUUCAACCAGUUCCGUGGAGAUCCUGCAUUCCCCCCUUCUCUUUGUUCCUAACAAACUUGUCUGCACAUAGAUAAGUUCCAGCUUACAAGUGUACUCCCUCCAUCCCAUCAGUGAAUAUAGUGCCUAGUGCAUAUUAGAUAUUUUUAAAGUCAAACUUAGUGAACUUUGACCAAGUUUAUAGGAAAAUUUAUCAACAUCUAGAAUAUCAAAUCAUAUAAUUAU